AUCAUCGUAAAAUUUGUUAUUUCACACAACAAAAUCUGUUUGGCUAGGCAGUGACGUAACUAGUAUGGGCCAGCCCCCUGCAAAAAAAAAAAUAUUAAGAGGCCGGGCAGUGAUGCAAACCCACUCCCUGCCUUCUGCCAAAAUCUUCAGGCCACCUAUAUUUUCCCUCCUAGGUGGCAGGUAGGAGAGCAGCUGGGGAGGUGGGAAUAAUUUCCAGCUAUAUAGGAAGGAAGCAGAUUCUGCUCACAAUCUGGGAUCUGCUUCCUCUAUAGUUAUGCAACUGCGUGUAUGGCCUCCGCUAGAGGCACCGGCACCAUUCUGUCUGCUGAAUCGAACACAUUUCAAUAAGCAAGCUCCAUCACUUGCUGUUGUCUAUUGUUUCACCCAUAGAUCCCUGAUAUGGUAUUAGAACAAAAAGAGAGAAUGUUGUAGCAAGACAAUAGAUAAGUGGGCAAGGAACCACCUGGCACAAUGGGUGUAACCAAUUACUGAAAAAGGAACCAUAUUUCACUACAGAAAAAGCCCCCGAGAGUUAUGGAACCGAAUACCUUCUGGAUUUGUGCAAAAUGAAGGCGCAAUAACAGCAAGGACUACAGUAUUUCAGCCUAUCUGUGGGACACUCCAGUAGACAGUAGAUGAAGGUAACUCUUAUAAAGUUAUGCACCAACGUCUUGUGCUAAUUGCUGAACAAAAUUAUAUCUCUGAGUUCUCUUACCGUGUUAAGGUUUAUAGGUUAAGAAGGCCUGCAGCUGAAAAUGCUCUCUGGUAGUUGGGGGUCACAGACCAUGACAACAAAAACCCAUUCAUUUUCUUUGUGGUCCUCUAAAAUUAGUCUUUCAAAGAUACUAUUUUAAAGGUGAUCAUACACUGGCAAAUUGAUGACCUUGCCAAACAAGAUCUGGGCCAAGAUGUCCAUCCACAUGCAGUGCCAAAUUGAACAGAUCCUAUCAUUGGCUGUAAGGUCCUACAGAGGCCCGUUGGACAAGGAUCACUUCAAUUCCCCCAUGCAGUCAUCUCUUUAAGUCUGGACAAUAAGAUUUCAACAUGGUUCAGAUGUAGCAGGUAUUAUAAGCCUGUCUAUGGCUCCUUAAGUAUUAAAUGGAAGCAACCAGAUUCGAUGCCAGGCCAGGAGAGCAGCAGAACAAAAACUCUUAAUACAAAACAGCAAAUAAUAAAACAAAACUGAAAGUAGUAAAUGUUACUUGACCCUUAAUUUGUGUUUAUUAUUUUAAUUUCGUAAAAUACAUAAACAGCAUAACUAAAAAUGCAAGUGAAGUAUUUAUCUUAUGAGUUUUCCACUGUUUACUGGAAAGAAAUACAUUUUGCUCUUUUAAUGGAGGAGUGACUGGAAGGGAGAGAUUCUUAGGGAAAUGAAACUGAUAUCAGGAAGAGAAAGGUCAGUGUGUGAGACAAGCCUGACACAGACGCAGAAAAGUCUCUGAAUAACUAACACUGACAGACAGAAACGGCUGGAUCUGCCAGAGUUAUUUUUUUGUACUCCAAUAAUAAAAAAUGGUGCUUCCAGAAAAAGAGUUGAACCCAACAGAAAUUAAAUCCGCCUUACCCGAAAACAGCAGAACAUCUUUGCACCAAGGUCCCAAUGCCAGUCUGCCAAGUGCAAGUAAAUCACAGCAAGGCAAAGCAAGUUAUGGAACUGGAACAAAAGCAGCUGGAAACAAAACAAAUGUUCUAUAUGCCAGUGGGGCCCAGAAUAUGCCAAGAAAAACAGUCACUGCUGUAACAGCAGAAAAUCAAUCAAAUGCAGGCAAAGGCAGAGCCAGCACUAGAACAGGAGCAGUUGGGAAACAGUCUGUGACCUCUUCACUGAGGGCUGGGAAAGAUAAGCAGAUUCCAGAAUCUCAUCCAAUGACUUUUCCUUCUGGUAAAUCACCUGCAUCUCACCCAAUGCUCCCUACGGAAGAUAUAGACCAAGUAGAGAAGGAAACUCGUGGGCAGAGGGAUAAUUUGGAAUGGCGCAAAUACCGCAUCACAGCAUCUAUAGCGCACCAAAUAUCACAUAGCAAAUUUGCAAACCAUAAAACUGAUGAAAUUCCACAAUCGUAUCUGAAGGCAGUUGUUGGAACAGGGUCCAGAGUACAAACAACUACCAUGCACUGGGGCAUUCAGAAUGAGAAAAGGGCUGUGCUGGCUUAUGAGAAGCUGGCAUCAAAGAGAGAUGGGAGGCAGGUGAAGGUAGAGGACUGUGGCCUGUUCAUACACCCUAUGAAGAACUGGCUGGCGGCAAGGCCAGAUGGGAUAGUGAAAGAUAAGUGCACUGGGGAGACCCUGCGCAUCUUGGAAGUGAAGUGUCCAUAUAAACACAGAGAACAUACUAUACAAGAAGCCUGUGCUGAUUCCAAAUUUUGCCUUCAAUUAAAUGGAAACUCUUAUUUGCUUCGGAAAGAUCAUGCCUAUUACACACAAGUGCAGUGCCAGCUGGCAGCUACUCAGCUGAGAAAUGCAGAUUUUGUUGUGCUUACAAAUAAGGAAACAGCAAUUGUUCCUGUGCAUUUUAGUCCUGAGUUUUGGGAAUGUAUUGAGCCAAAGUUAGAAAGGUUCUACAACGAGGCUGUGCUCCCUCAGUUACAAAAGCUAAGUGUCAACAGAAAAGAAGUGAAAAGUGGAAAACACCGCAUCACAGCAUCUAUAGCGCACCAAAUAUCUCAUAGCAGGUUUGCAAACCAUAAAACUGAUGAAAUUCCACAAUCGUAUCUGAAGGCAGUUGUUGGAACAGGGUCCAGAGUACAAACAACUGCCAUGCACUGGGGCAUUCAGAAUGAGAAAAAGGCUGUGCUGGCUUAUGAGAAGCUGGCAUCAAAGAGAGAUGGGAGGCAGGUGAAGGUAGAGCACUGUGGCCUGUUCAUACACCCUAUGAAGAACUGGCUGGCGGCAAGGCCAGAUGGGAUAGUGAAAGAUAAGUGCACUGGGGAGACCCUACGCAUCUUGGAAGUGAAGCGUCCAUAUAAACACAGAGAACAUACAAUACAAGAAGCCUGUGCUGAUUCCAAAUUUUGCCUUCAAUUAAAUGGAAACUCUUACUUGCUUCGGAAAGAUCAUGCCCAUUACACACAAGUGCAGUGCCAGCUGGCAGCUACUCAGCUGAGAAAUGCAGAUUUUGUUGUGCUUACAAAUAAGGAAACAGCAAUUGUUCCUGUGCAUUUUAGUCCUGAGUUUUGGGAAUGUAUUGAGCCAAAGUUAGAAAGGUUCUACACCAAGGCUGUGCUCCCUCAGUUACAAAAGCCAAGUGCCAACAGAAAAGAAGUGAAAAGUGGAAAAUUAGUGUGGGCAACAGAAGAGUAAAGUUAACAAUAAUUUUUUGUAUCCAUGUUGAGAGCACUGUGGGUGAGGACUUUAUAAUAUAAAUUAUAUUUGCAAAAUAUUGAUGGAAGCAGAUCUUAAAAGAGAAUUAUGAUUACAUCAUUUAUUAUUACAGUGCUACGCAAUAUGUUGGCGCUAUAUAAAUACAUGUUAAUAAUAAUAAUUUAAUAUGAGUUAUUUUCUUAGAAAAGUAAUGGAGACAAAUUCCACAUGAUGGAAUAGGUAUUAAGUAAACAUGUUAACUCCAAAUGAAUAUUGUUUAGUAUAAAUAAUAAUGGGAAAGUAACAGAUUGAUAGAAUUAGAACCGUUAGGGUGGCAAAUGGUAUCUUUAUGCUGAUGACACCCAACUCUACUUGUCUACUCCUGAUCUUUCUAAUUCUGUCCUUUCCCAAGUCACAGA